CUUCUCAGCCAGAUACAAAUUGAAGCUACAAGGGUUUUUUUUUAUUAUUAUUAUUAUUAGCCUUGCAUUCACACUGUUGCAUUUGAAUCCACAAACACACUUUUCUUUAUUCCGCCAGUCAACGCGUAGGCAAUUCAUAGUCGCAAUUAAAUCACAAUGGCCGGCGCUCGACGGCAGCAGGGCCAGCCAAUGGCAACAACAGGCAAAGUGUCCAUUCACAACCUAGUAACCGAAGGGCUUCUAACCGAGGGCAACAUAAUAGUGUGCAACAGCUGGCCAUUCACCGCAGUGGUGACGGCGCUGGGAACAUUUGAUGCCCACUGGCAGCCAUUGCCCGAGGACUUUAUUGCCGGGUACGGCACCGAAUUCAUGCGCGCCCAGUUUGAGACUCCGUCGGCGUGGGCCACGGCUGUCUGCAGGGUGAUGCGGGCGCAGCAGCGGGCGCACCAGCGAGCGCUGAAGAGCACCAGCGAUGAGAUGGCUGCCAAGAGGGGCAAGCAUCUGCCGUCGACAGGCGGGUCUGGCGAGAGCCGCGUGGCUGUUAACGGGUGGACUGCUUGUCGGGUCAGAAUAUCCAGAGGCGAUCCGAAUCGCCAGUUGGCACUUCGCCUGGACGCGGAGGCGCAGUGUACGGAAGAGGCGGACGACGAGCGGAUACUGCACUUGGUCGACGCAAGCCCUGAUGAUAUUGAAAUCACUCUGGAUGCCCUGCGCCGAGAGCUCUGUGCGCGGGUGGCCAGGGUGCGCCAGAGAGGCAGGGAUGUUCUGAGGGGCAUUUCGGAGGACUCGCAUGAUCGGCCCAUGCUUGUGGAUGCCGACGAGCCGGAUGCUAGUGGGUCUGACGAGGACCGGCUCUUGCCAGACUUGGCCAACGAUGUGUCGCAGGGCGCUGUUGUCGAUGGCCUAGCGAGGCGGGUUGAGAGCGAUCUGGCGCUUGGCUGCAUCAAACAGCGCCGCGCCGCUGCCGCCGCUGCAGAUGCCAUUUCAGCUGCUGCCAAUGCUCUGUCGCUGUCUGCAAAGCCCAGCGUGGCGGGCUUGGGCGAACGCAAGAGCAGUAUGCAUAGCCGGAAACGCAAGAGCAUCCCGGAUAUGUCGCGGCACGCCAAGCUGUCCCGGGUGCCCACAGAGAACAGUGACGACAGCUGUGAGGACAUGGUCGUGACCAACGGCGAAACAAGCGUCAAGCAGCUGGUCAGCGAGCGGACACGAGAGCAGCUGGAUUACUUUAAGAGCAAGGCCAUGGCGCUUAAGCGCACCCAGGCGGAGAUCAAGGCGUUACGGUACCAGCGUCGCCAGCAGCUCAAACGCGCGAUUGCCAGCGCUCUCGAUAGCUGGCUUCGCGCUCGAAAGCAGAGCCGCCAGCGAGAGAGCACCGCGAGCCCAUUGCUGAUGACGCGCGCGCAGUCGCUGGAGUCCUUGGGGAGCAGCCCGGCUGGCGUCACCCCGAUGGCCCUGCCGCUUGCCGCAGCCUUUGGGGGCAUGCUGCCGGUAGUGUCGGCCACAGCGAAAAACGAUUUGCCCUCGAGGACUGCACGGAUUAUGGUGCCCCGCACGGCCCUGCGAUCUGUCAUCAGCGGGGAGCUCGAUAUGUGCACGCAGUGCGCGUCGACUGGCGACUCCCUGCUGCCGUGCAGUGGUUGUGGCGACAGGUACCACAGUUUUUGUGCGCCGCCACCGCUGUCGGCAUCCUGUCGCCUGCUGUUGUGCCCCUUGUGUCGUGUGUGCUCGAGCUGCGUGGAUGACCAGCUUGCGGACGAUCUGCUGCAGUGCGACGACUGCGGCCUUUUGAUGCACGCGCAAUGCAGCGGCCAGGAGACCGAGCACCCGGAGGGCCUCUCUGGCCUGGUUUCUGAGAGCGGUGGUCGCUGGGUCUGCGACAAGUGCGUGCAUUGCCUUGAGUGCGACUUCAAGAUGACAACGACGAGCUCGGACUCUGACGAGCUUUUUCGGGAGCGGCGGCGGUGGAACUACGACUACACGCUGUGCGGCAGCUGUGCCCCGCAAAUCGAAAAGGCCAAGGUGUGUCCGCAGUGCGUGGCCACGUACUCCAACUGCAAGAUGGGCACCAAUAUGGUGUGCUGCGAUAUCUGCGCUUUUUGGAUCCACACGGACUGCGAUUCAGGGCUGACCCCCGAUGUCUACGACGCGCUGAUCACGCUCGAAGACGACGCGCCAUAUGUUUGUCCGACGUGCGCGGCCAUGGCGACGGGGGACACUCCCGCGAGCUGCUCGGCGACCCGGCCACCAGGCUGCCGCGCUGCCUGCUGACGGCCAGCCCUGAGACCAGAGCACAGACUAACAGGCUUAAAUCUUGCUUUGAUGUAAAAACUGCGGCAAAGACUGAGACUGAGGUCGCCAAUAUGCUUCUGAGCCUGACUCAUUCUGACGUGCGCUUUGGCCGCGACUGCUUUGACACCGAAGCCCUGGAAACGCGAUUUUGUACGGCGGCUCAGGACUGGCGUCAAUGCGCCCUCUGUGCGCUG